AUAACUAAGUUGCUCCAACAGUCUAUUCUUCCCCUUCCAUCUCUCUCUCUGACGAGAAGAAGAACAAAAACCCUUCUUUGAUAUGCCUUUCCUCAUUCAAACCCUUUCAUCUAUUCCCACUCUUUCUUCUUGUUCCUCUUAUCUCCUAAUUCCUUCUUCCUUUCUGGUAAUGACGAGCGGAGGACGGGAAAAGGAAAGACGAUGUCGACGCCAGCGAUGCUGAUGGUUGCGCAGCAAAGGUAAGAAGUGAUUUAUUUGACUUGCAGGUAGAGUUUGGGUUUGACUUUGGUGUUGUUUAAGGUUCUGAUUGUGUGUUUGGUUCUGAUCUGGUUCAGCUCGGGUGGAGUCUUAGUGAGAAUAUCCCCUCCUGGGCAUAGAGACUCAAUCACCCUCUGGCUAUCUGGAGAGAGAGCACUGUAGAAGUUCCCCACUGUGAAUGCAUCACUGAAGCCAUGAUGGGGACACUGCCAGAAAUAUCCCAUGUACCGCUCCCAUGCAUCACGAAGUGAUUCAUCUGGCUCUUGGCGGAAGUGAGUGAUCUCCCGCUGGAUCUCUGUAGUCUUUGAUGCCAGAUAGUACCUGUGCACGAACUUAUCAGCCAGAUCAUCCCAAGAAGUGAUGGACAAUGGGGGCUGGGUCUCCAACCACCUCUUGGCAUUCCCCGCCAGAGAGUGGGGAAAGAGGUGAAGGCGGAUUGCAUCAUCAGGGACACCGUUCAGCUUGAGCCCGUUCGUUAGCUGCAGAAAACGGGAAAGAUGUACCUUGGCCUCCUCAUCCUUCAAGCCAUGGAACUGGAUAGAGGAUGUAAUGAGCUGAAUCCGUCAUGGCUUGAUUUCAAAGUUGUUUGCUGGAAUAGGUGGGUAGAGGAUGACCGGGCGGAUGUCAGCAAUCCGUGGAGUGUAGUAGUACUCCAAGGUGGGACCCAGCGGCGGUGGAUGAUGAUGAACCCCAUGAUCCUGGGGUAUGGGGUUGUUCCCCAGGACCUGAUUCACCGGGGGAGCCUGCUGAGGAUUCCCCUAGUGUGGAUUGUAUUCUCCGUCCAUCCCGUACUCUUCCUCAGAAUCGCUACUCAGGUGGCCGUCUAUGCGCUCUUCCGUAGCCAGUCUAGCUCGCUGUUGUCUCCUGAGUUGGCGACAGGUGCGGUCAAUCUCUGGAUUCAACGGAAGUAAACCUCCCGACUGGCUAGGGGUCAUGCACUACCUGCACACACUCAAGAAAGCAAACCCGUGAAGGCACAAGUGGGACAAAGCAAACAAUGCGAAAAGAAAAGCUAAAUUAACAGAAAUCACUUUUCUUCAACAACCUAGCCGUCCCCAGCAACGGCGCCAAAAACUUGACUCACUUCUACUGUCACUCCAGGAAUUGGCCAAGUGUAACCACUUCCUAAAGCGUAGUAUAGCGGGUUUGGGUUUAAAUGUCAACCCAUGUCCUAGAUUUGAUGACUACUCGGUGAAUUCUUGUUAUCUAGCAAUGAAACUUUAAUGCAAGUCUAAACUAACAAACUAACCAAGCAAGUAAACUGUUGUUUUCAGGUUAAGAGAGGUCACCCGGAUAUGGUUCCCCCUAGACUGCAGUUAAGCCGGAUUGCAAUUACCAAGUUCAGUUUCUAUGAUAGUUAUACUGCGGAAGGUUCUUAAACAGCCUGAAGUCUCGACUAAAGGUCUUCAGACCCUCUCAAUCUGAGUCUCUAGCGGGCGACUAACCUCCACCGGAGUAAACAAAUUGAGGCCCUAACAACAAAACCUCCACUACCGAAGUGAAUUCGGUACAGAAUAGUGAGUUGGCUUCUCGACUAAAGUCACCAACUCCCUACCUUCAAUCAAGGAUGCUCUAUCAACCUAGGCAGAUAUUCUCAUUCUAGGUUAAAGCAAAAACAACAGGAAUAUGAUUAGGAUUCAUGCCAUUCAAUCAUUCAAACCUCAAUUGAAUAUAAUCAAAUCAUAGAAUCAGUACUUGGGUUCAUACAAUCAAACCUAACAUACAAAUCUAGGGUUCUCCAUACCCAGAUGAAUGGGAGAACUACUCCAUGGAGAAAGAAGCAAAAGCAGAAUCAGACGCGGAAUUCAUACUGUGAAGGAUGGAUUCCUGCUCCUGGACGUUGAUCGGCACUUCUCCAAGCUCAAGCCAAGCUCUAAUGGUGAUGAAGAUCAAGCUAGGGCACUUGGAGACUCUUGUUCGUCGCUUUUUCUCUCUAGGAAUUGCUCUGUCUCUCUAAAACUCGAAUCCCCUUCUCUUUUGGCUGAAAUCUUCUUAAAAGGGCAUCACUGGGCAAAGCACGGUCGAGGGCACGGCCGUGCUUUGCCUCAGCCCGCCCGUGCUUUGGCUAGAGUUAAUUACACGGCCAGCUUGUUGGGAGAAACACGGUCUUGCUUUUGGGUGGACACGGCCGUGCUUGUGGUGGCCACGGCCGUGCUUUGUUUCAGCCCUGCCCGUGUUUUUAGCCAAUGUUUGCCAAACUCAGAUUAGCUCUCGGCAGUAAAAGCACGGCCAAGGAACACGGCCGUGUUCUGCUUUAGGUGUGCCCGUGUUUUGGCUCCAGCUCCACCGAAUGACUUCCGAAUGCCCCGAAACUCGUGCUUAGCCUUCCCUUUGACGCCUGGGACCUGAAAUAUGACAAAGUAGCACAACCUGACGUAAAAUAGGCCAAAAAUACACGACUAUGCCCCUCAAACGGAUAAGAACUAGGGGCACAAAUAUGUGCAAUUACAUCGUUAUCAAAUUCCCCCACACUUAACCGUUUGCUUGUCCCCAAGCAAACCUAACUCAAACCAAUGCAACUCUAUAGACCUCUAUAGCAACAAACAACCCAGAUCGUAGGUGGGGGACUUCCUAGAUCAUUUAGCAGCUUACGAGGUCAACCGACGCACAAGUCAUCUCAUAGCUUCUUCGGCGAGAACGCUAGUCUCGAGUCGACAUCAUGGCAAAUAGUGAACAGAGGACAAAUGAAUUGUGGAUGAAGAGAUUCUAAAAAACAAAGGAUCAUGGA